AACCCACCAAUCAUUAACGUCUGCCUCAUCUUCCUCUUGUGUCUCAAAUCCCCCCAAUUGGCAAUCCCACUCCCCAGUCUCCUCCGCAUAGCAGCGGCGCGUGACUUUUGUAUGCAUUCCUCACCACCAAAUGGACUCAGAACCUUUCCUAGGGUUCCGCCGUACCCUCACAGCCCCUGACUCCACCUCCUCCGACUCCCAACCACCACUCGCCUCCUCCUCCUCCGUCGUCCUCCUCCUCAACCACACCAACUCAACCAAACACCACAAACUCAACCGCUGCAAAACCGCCCCAGCCAUGGUAGUCAUGCGCGACAUCCCAACCGAUACCUCCACCAAUCCAAAACCAAAUUCCGCUUCACUUCUUCAACAAGCUGCUGUUUUAUUAAUAAUCUACCUAUCAAUUGGCGUAAUCAUCUUCUGUUUCAACAGAAAUCACUUCUCCGGACUCGAAACUCACCCGGUUGUUGACGGUUUAUACUUCUGCAUCGUCACCAUGUGCACAAUCGGUUACGGCGACAUCGCGCCGGUUACUCCGUCUGCGAAAGUAUUCGCAUGUUUCUUCGUAUUAAUCGGAUUCGGAUUCAUCGAUAUCAUGCUCUCUGGAGUUGUGAACUACGUUCUAGAUCUCCAAGAAAACAUGAUAAUAAACGCAAACAAAGCGAAUCAGAAUCAUAAUAAUAAUAACAGUGUUGUGCAACAUAACACAAAUAGAUUAAAACUGUCGCCUAUUGAUUACAUUUAUGAUUUUGCGAAAGGGAGGAUGAGGAUCAGGUUGAAGGUUUGUUUGGCGCUUGGUGUGGUUUUGUUAAGCAUUGGAAUUGGUACUUUGGUGUUGUAUUCGGUUGAGCGGUUGGAUUUGGUUGAUUCGUUGUAUCUUUCGGUUUUGUCUGUUACGACGGUUGGUUAUGGUGAUAGAGCGUUCAGGACGCUUCGUGGUAGGUUGUUUGCGUCUUUCUGGUUAUUGUUUUCGACUUUGAUGGUGGCUCGGGCGUUUUUGUAUUUGGCGGAAGCGAGGAUUGAUAAGCGGCACCGGAGAGUUGCUAAUUGGGUGUUGCACCGGCAGAUCACGGUUGAGGAUUUGCUUGCUGCUGAUCUUAAUAAUAGUGGAUUCCUCAGCAAAUCAGAAUACAUAGUGUUUAAGCUUAAAGAAAUGGGGAAGAUUGAAGAGAGAGAUAUAUUGCAAAUAUGCAAUCAAUUCAACAAGCUUGAUAGUAGCAAUUCUGGGAAGAUAACGCUACGCAAUCUUUUGUCAGGUCACUCCAUUUAAUUUAUUUUUAUUUAUUUUUUAAUUUAUUACCGAAAAUGUAUAAAAAUGCUUGUAAAUAGAUUUAUGGCCAACAUUUAUAUUGUAUGCCUACAUCUACAUUAUGUAUGUGCCAUAUAAAAGAUUAUCAAUAGUGUUUUUGAUGUGGAUUCUUAUAAGAGGUUGUUUAAUAUUUUUUAAUCUUAA